UACCUGCGUAUCACGUAGACUACACCACUGGUUUGUGCCAAAUUUGAAGGAAUUCCCUCCAGGCGUUAAUGAAAUAUCGCAUUCACCAUAAUGGGAUGGAUCUGACAGAGAAUCUGAAAACAUAAUUCCUCGGCUGUCACUGGCACAGAGCCAUAAAAAUGUAAUAGUUUAAAAAAUGGACCCUCUCCAUGAGGACGUGCUGAUCCACCUGAUCAGGCUUACAGUUUUCAGUCCAUUUAAAAAUUUAACUCUGCCAAAAUUGUUAGACAGGGGUUAUGUUUGUUGUUCGUUUUGUUUAGUUGUUUUUCUUUUCUUUUCUUUUCUUUUUUUUGAGCAGGAUAUCUCAAAAAGCUCUGAACAGAUUUUUAUGGAACCUGAUGGAAACGUUGAUCACGGGCCAAGGAACUUUCAGAUUUAGGCAAUGUCAUGAAACUUUGUGGAAAGGUCAGUCAUGUGGCAAGAAAGCACAAAUAAGUUUUUCACAAAAGUAUUGGCCAAAGGGAGUGUGGCAGUGGGUUUGAUUAACUUUCAGGCAUAUGACAAUUGCAUAGUGUCGGCUGAGGUAAGCACUCUGAUGAACAUAUUUUUCUAGUUUAUAGUGUGAUUUAUGGCAAUCCAUGAUGAACUAUGAAUCCAUACCUUUGGGUUUUUUAAAACUUUACUCUUGAAUUACAAACAUCAUCAUGCAUUAUCAUUCUACCUGCAAAGACAAUGGGCCUCCUAAUUUGUAAAGAAUUCAGAUAGAACGAGAAUCCAACAAGUGAGAUAUUCAGUGCAAAAAUAUUGCAUUAAAUUUACCCUCAAAUUUAGGUAAACUGGACUUUAUAGAUACUGUCGCUGAUUUAGUGAAGGUCCCAAUCAUCCAAUGAGCACAUUCAUAAAUCAUAUUUCUAUUGAGGUAAAUAGAUGGUGGAGUGGCCUCUUUUCUGUGAUGUUUCUCGAUUGUGUUUUUAAAACCAAAUGUGUUACACGAAAGGCUCACCUGUCCAUGUGUGCAAGUGUAGGACUGCAGCACAAACUGCACCAGGAAGCUUUUAAGCAUUUGAUCUGAAAAUCCCCCUUGUCCUAUUCAUCGUACUUCCCCAUACUUACCCUGGGUAUGGCACUACCAGUGUCAGACUGCUGGAUUUAUUCUUCUGUUAGUGUUUCCCUGGUUUAAACAGUGCCCCUAAAGUUGUGUAUACCGUAGGUGGUGAUUUGCCUCAUGGUUACAAGACAGGCCUUCCUCCAUUGUGGGGACCAGUAAUUACUUGCAAAUUAUGUAUUUAUUGCAGUUUUCUUAGCUUUAUUUGUUGCAGAUUUUGUGCCUUUGAUGCGAGGUUUGUGAUUAAUUUCAAGUAACAAUAAACAGCUAACAGAUUCUACACUGUGAUCAGCACAGUUUUUUAAAGAAAUAUCAAUGCCAAUUUAUUUUUAAGGUGGAAUCAGGGAACACUAAAAGAGCAAGCACCAUAGCGUGCAGUCAAUCAGAUGUCUAAAUUUGGUCACACUCUGACUGAAGAAGUCAGGCAAUUAAAAAUGACAAUACUAUGAGGAAGGAGUUGCACAGUGUCUAGGAACUUCUUGGUGUUUGAUGAAUGACAGGUAUGGGGCCGAUAUUUAUAAAAGCUUCACUCAGGAGAGCAAAGGACCAGUCUGUCAUGAGGAUCACAGUGUUUGGGUUGCUGUUGCUAGGCUGCUGUCUGCAUGGAGGGCAGACAGACGGACCUACAUCUUUUACCCCCUGCUCCAAGUCAUAUGACCAAGCUGUCUUGCUGGGUCAGCUGAUUGUAAAGAUGCAGAAUUUAGAGAAAGAAAAUGAAGCACAGGCAGUGAAGCUAAGAGAGCUGGAGAAACAAAGCGCUCAGGUGAACACACAGCUACAAGCUCAAGCAGUGGAACUUGCCGCUGUGACGGCCAGGUCAAACAUCACAGAAAACCAGGUGGAGGCUCUAAACAGAGACAGCCAGGUCAAACGGGUGGCUUUCUCAGCCUCUCUUCGGGCUUCAGACUCUGGAACUCUUGGGCCAUUUAACACACACACCACUCUGGUCUUCAGAUACGUCGUCACUAACAUUGGGAAUGCCUACAACCCAAACACAGGUAUUUUCACCGCACCAGUGAGAGGUGUUUACCACUUUGAGUUCUACGUGGGUGCACCUGGACAUCGUUCACAUGCCUCGGGUGCCAUCUUGGUCAAAAAUGGACAACACAUAUUUAUCACGUAUGAGCAUCAAACAUCCGGCUAUGGGAAGUCCUCUAAUGGCGCAUCUCUGCUUUUAGAAGUUGGAGAUGUUGUGUUUCUGCGUCUCUAUCAAACCUCGAGAAUAUAUGAUGAUCAAGCUCACCACAGCACCUUCAGUGGUCAUCUGCUGUUCACCAUGUGA